AUGGACCCAAGUGAUCCAGGCCGUGGCUCUAUGAUUAUGGCGAUAUCGUGGGUGCUCACAUCGCUCUGCAUCGGGUUCAUUGCUCUGCGAAUGUAUGUUAGAGCACGAAUCACACACAGCACAGGCAGCGAUGACUGGCUGAUGGUGCUUGCGGGCAUCCUUCAAGUGGCUUUUCAGGCCUGUAUCACCGUUGGAUACACCCAUGGUCUAGGGAAGCGAGAUCAGAACCUCACUAUCAACCAGCUUAUCGAAAUACUCAAGUGGAUGUGGAUCUCCUCUACUCCUGCGAUUCUUACGUCUACUGUGGCCAGGGUGUCUAUCGCCGUAUUACUGAUGCGCCUGUUUGGAAUGCAUCGAUGGUUGAGGUACUUCUUGAUAUCCUUCACUACCCUACAAACUAUUUGUGGGAUCCUCAUUAUCCUGUUUGUAUGGCUUCAAGUAGACCCGGUUGAAGGGCUUUGGAACCCUACGAUUCCAGCAAGACGCUGGGAUCCAGACAUUCAGCGAAUUACCGCAAUUGUUGGCCAGUCCUUGUUCACAUUCUCGGAUCUGGCAUAUGUAUUGUUCCCUGUUAUGAUCAUCUGGCGACUGAACAUGCCAACACAUCAAAAACUCGGCCUCAUCACCCUAUUGGGCCUCUCAAUCUUCACCAUGAUGGCAUCCGUCAUGAAGACAGUCACCUCCCAGUCUAACGCACUCGACCCAGAAGCGCAAUACAAAGCCAGCGUAUCAGUCCUCUGGUCCGCCGUCGAACAAGGCCUCGUCAUUAGCUUGGGUUGCGUCCCACCAUUGCGUGUGCUCAUGCGACUCGAAAUUCCCGUUUGGAAAUCAAUCAGAUCAACACUCUCGAGAUUUACUGGGAGCAAGAAUUCUCAAGCCGGGACCAGUACGGCAACUAAUACGGAUGUGGAAUUGCAUUCACGCAAGCGCGACCCAUAUAGCAAUUCGUUGGAGACAGCACGAGCCUCUGCUAAGGAACCCGACACGGAAAGCACUCGACAUUUAACUGAACCGGGCCCUGGAGCUAUUCAUCGAGCUGAUGAGUAUGAAGUGUCCUAUGAUUGA